AUGGCACAUGUGGGCCGCUGUGGCUGGCCUGGGAUGCACGAGGUAUGUUGUAGCGCAGGUGGUUGGUUCUGUGGGACUAAGUCCUCGAUGGAUGACAGAUGUCAAGAUAAGACGGGUAGGCUGUUACAGGCAUGGGUUUCAGGUGUAUUGAAGUUUGUUGCUGCUAUACUAAGGUCGCGUCUGCAGGGGCCGUCGCUUACUAGUAGGAGCGGAGAUAAGAUAGCGAGAGGCAUCUUCGGAGGAAUUUUCUCUGCUAAGCUCCGCCGGAACUCUCUCAUCUUUUUCUCCAUCUCACGCCAUGGCGCACGCCGCAAGUGGUCAAGUCUUUCACACCACCACCACCACCACCACCACCACCACCCCCAUGCCGCGGUAUCGAGACUUGGAGGCUAUCUUCGGCUUAGCAUGACCGGAGGUGGAGGCGGACAGCAUGGCGCGGAUCCGCCUGCGAGCAAUGCGCAACCCCCGCAUCAUGUGCCGCCCGAGACUGGUUAG